AUGCCCCCGUUGGUCAUAAACGCACAGGAGCAGCGGCAGACGACAGACACUCCCUCCACUGGGGCCAUAAUCGGAGGAAUCCUGGGGACCCUGGCCGUCAUCGCGAUCACUGUGGGGGUCGUCCACUACGUCCGCAAACACCACCACGACGACGGGCCGCCCAAACACAAGCCGCCUCCCCCUGUGAAGACAGGAAGCUCCACGGAGAUGCUGAAUAAACCGUCGGAGCCUCCCUCAGUCACAGAGACGUGUCCUCUCGGUCCUGGAGAAGUUUACUACGAGACUUCAGGCAAAGAGCCCGUCACGAAUCUGGACGACGACGGCAGCGGUGACGCCCUGAACGGCGGCGCCAAGUACGACAACAUGAACGACGAUCUCCACGACUACGACCCGACCAAUCACGGCGCAGGAACCGUCCACAUCGCUCGCGGGGAGAGCUUUGUGUCUCCGGCCAUGUACGUGUGA